GCAUGGAGUAGGGCUGUGUCCAUAUCACUGGCUGGGUGAGACCACUGUGUGUGCUCAGGCUUUGUGCAGCAACUGGCUGGAUUGGUAAACACCCUGCACUUGAUUACAAGUUGGUGUAGCUGGAGGUGCUGGCCGUAACCAGUGCACUUCCAGUCAGACCUUUGGCAGACAGGAUUCAUAGCCAGUGUGAAAACUGAUUUAGGGAUUUCUAUUUGGAUCAGUUAUGACAAACCAAGAGUUUUCUUUUCAUUGGUCUAUUCACUUCACAUCUUACUCCUGAUUGAAGGAAGUUUGAAGUGGACAGAUUAUUGGCGGUGAUUGCCCACCAUCAAGUAGUAUUGCAAGUCUUAUCAGUAUCAGCGAUGGGAUUGGCAGCUAGCUGACUCCAAGCAUGCCCACAGCUAGGAUAUUGGUUAAUACUCUUCAGAUGAAGUAAUCAAGAAGUACAAGUUUGUGGGAUACUGAUUAGUAUAUGAAAUAUUCUGUUUGGUUGAUUGAUGGUGCCUUACCUGUGGAUUAUAAAGUGCAGUUAGCAGCGUGUGCAGAUAAGAUGAGGAAUGUGCUGUUUUCAUCAAUUGUCUUUUUGACACUUUCAUAUGGUGCUGUAGCAGCACGAAGGAGAGAAGACAUUCAGCCAACCAUUACUGAGCAUCCACAGAAUGUUGUUGUGCCAAAGAAUGAGCCAGCUAGACUCAACUGCAGAGCAGAAGGUAGACCAGAACCUAGCAUAUCGUGGCUAAAGGAUGGCUACCCAAUGGACAUGUCGACAGGCAGUAGUCAUAUCACACUCCUGGAUACUGGCGCUAUGUUGUUCCUCAGUGUCAGUAGGUUGGAUGUGGGCACAUACCAGUGUGUAGCAGAGAACAGGGCUGGUGCUGCACGCAGUAAUAACGCUACCUUGGAAGUUGCAUUUUUACGGGAAGAGUUCCGUACGGAUCCAUCUGACUCUGUGGGUCUUGCUGGUGAACCUGUGGUGUUAGAAUGUCAACCUCCAAGAGGCUACCCAGAACCCACCGUCACCUGGAGCAAAGAUGGAGAAGAUGUGAUUGUAGAUGGAGACAGAGUCAAGGUUCUACAAGAUGGAAACCUUAUGAUAUCACAGGCUAGACGGACUGACACAGGCAGCUAUGUGUGUAUUGCAACCAAUUCCAUCGGCACAAGACAAAGUCCACCAGCAAUACUCAAUGUACAUGCACGUCCAUCUUUCACCAGACCCGUGGAAGAUCGAAUUAUUGCUGCACCUGGGGAUAAUGUGAAUCUGUUGUGUGUUGUAGAAGGUGACCCUACCCCUAGCAUUACAUGGAGGAGACAAGAUGCAGACAUGCCACAAGGAAGAUUUCAAAUAAGUGAUGACAACACUCUACACAUCCGCCAAGUGUUACAGGAGGAUGAGGGAACGUACAUCUGUAGAGCUGAGAAUAGCUGGGGCACAGAAACACUGACCAUCACCCUUGAAGUCAACACUGAGCCUACCUUUACCAGGGAGCCUGUAGAUCAGACAGUAUCCGUUGGUCAAAUGGUGUCGUUUGAAUGUAAAGUGACGGGAAGUCCACUUCCUGCAAUCUUCUGGCAGAAGGAUGGCCUUCAGGAUCUAUGGUACAAUGAUCAGAGUUAUAGCUCAGGUCGCUUGACAGUCAGUGAGGAUGGGGAAUUACGCAUCUAUGAAGUCACAACUGAAGAUGAAGGGUUCUAUGUGUGUUCAGCUCUCAGUGUCUCUGGUACAGCUGAAGUCUCAGCUUAUCUGACAGUAUUAGUUCCCACCAGCACCAUAGCUCAAGCAACGCUUGGUGAGCCACCCCCAAUCAUCCGUUAUGUCCCUAGCAACCAGACAUACUUAGCAGGAGCAUUAGGCUUGAUUCCAUGUGAAGCUAUGGGUCAUCCGCAACCUACUCUACAGUGGAGCAGAAACUCUCUGCCUAUUCAGACUAAUUCAAGGAUUUCAGUCCGAGAUUCAGGCACUCUAGAGUUACGCAGCCUACAGCUGUCUGAUUCUGGACUCUACACAUGCACUGUUUCCAAUGACUGGGGCCAGACUAGCUGGUCAGCAUCGCUUCAGGUUAUUGAAGAAGAAGCCCUAGGCUUGGGCGUGUCUCUACAAACGGCUCCAAGCCUGUCCCAACUUCCCUCAUCACCUGGACCUCUGUUGCCUAGCAACAUCACCAGGACAACCGUCAAUUUGUCAUGGCAACCGCCAACUUCAAGCACUCCUGUGACACAUUACAGAUUGGAAUAUUUUAACCAGCAUGUUACAGGUUGGCAGCUCUUGGCAGAUCGUAUUGAGGAUGAGUUGUUUCUAGUUCAGCAGUUACGACCAGGAACUACCUACUUGUUUCUGGUCAGAGCUGUGAAUGAUCGAGGGAUUGGACCACCAAGUCCCAUCUCUCAGCCAAUCACAACCAGAGAUUCAGGGAGGAACUCUGUCACGCUUCAGUUAGCAGAGGCAGGAGUAUCUAUCAAGAACACUCUGGUGCUUAGCAACACUGAGGUCAAGAUUAGUUGGCAGGUUGAUCAGCAUGCUGAUCUGAUUGAGGGUUAUUAUCUCAAGUAUUGGCUGAGUUCCAAUCCUUCGGGUGAAGUGGAAGAACUGGUAGUUAUUGGUGCUACCAACAAGAAGAUAGUGGGUCUGCAACCAGACACACGUUACAGCGUAUCUGUACAGCCAUUUGUGGGAGGUAUAAGGGGAUCGGACUCCCCAAGUGCCUCAUUUACCACCACCGAUGUAACUGUCAGACCUGGCAGUAAUGUGCUGCAGAAUAAGCUGGAUUCAUGUGGUAUCAGCAUCCAGAAUGUGGAGACCGUCGACUCAACAACACUCAAAGUCCUGUGGCAGGUUAGCAGACACAGUGCCUACAUUGAAAGCUUCUCCAUUCGAAUCCAAUCCCUGGAUACUACAUGGUCACAUAGCUUCACUAUAGAGAACAGAGACCAUGCUCGUGAACAGAUGAAAACAGUGACAAAUCUAACACCAUGGACCAAGUAUGCAAUCACUGUAACGCCCGUCAAUAGUCUCUUUGUGGGUAGAGAGAGUCAAGUAUUUAUUGGCAAGACUGGCCCUGAUGUUCCUCUAGCGGCUCCAGGGAGUGUUCACAGCAACAGUAAUGGCUCCUCGGCCGUUCUGGUUACCUGGCUACCUCCCCCAGCUUCUCAAAUUCCCGGUAUUCUUGCUGGCUACUAUGUGUAUGUCCUAGGCAACCAUACUUCACAACAUAAGCGAGUGACUGUCAGUAAUGCUAGUCACAGUCAGGUAGUGACAGGCCUGAAUCAUGGCAAGGUGUACACCGUCGUCGUUGCAGCUUAUACAACCGUUGGCCCUGGACCUAACAGUACAGCAGUCAGUGUACACAUUCCACCAGCUUUACUGACGCCUGGUGCUGGGGAUGAUGAGGAUGAUUUGGGUGGCGGUAUCACUAUGGUGGUCUCACAACCCUGGUUUAUCAGUACCUUAGCUGGUAUCAUGCUGGUAACCAUCGGUCUGAUCACAGUCUGGGUAUGGAGACGACGACGCAAACAGAAGCAGUCAACAACCAUGACUAAAGCGGCCAUUGGGAAAGACAGUGGUGUCCUGCAGAAUGUUAGUGGUGUUGGUGGUGGUAACGCAGGGAGUAAUGCGAGUAACAACCAGGCGUGGGCUGAGACACAGUCCUGGCUGCACACAGCAACGAGGGAUGGACAGGGUAACCACGGCUGCAUGACUACAUGCUGUAAUGCCAAUAGCUCACUCAGCGAUACACUGGAAAAAAGCAACUACUUUUAUCCUAACUGGGGCACUGGUGCAAGCUGGUUCCGUGCUAAUGAUGCUGAGUUAUGCAAGCAAGCUAUGCUUGUUAGUGAUUGUCAAGGAGAGAAUCUAGAUGGGACUAUGCCACAGCUAACGGAUAGCCAGCAUAGCGGCAACUUUGACACUGUAACUCCUGCACUAUCGACCUUCCAGGGCUCCAUUCCUAAGCAAGCAGGAAGCCCAGAGUAUGCCGUUGUUGAGAGUGAGUUGCACACACCAUGUUGCCAAGGUAGUUAUCCUAGAACUCCUCAUCUGCUAUGCAUCCAUGACACUGAACCCUAUGCCUCAGCUACCCUGGUUCUACCUCCCAAUCUCCGAGAGUACGCAGCAAGGAGACAGAAGUGUAGUGAUAGCAGCUCUAAUUCCGGCUCUGGCUGCAAUACGCGGCCUGUGGGCAUACGUAAGACCAGUCGGUCUGGGGCUGAUAAUGCUGCCUAUAGUAGCAGUGCAGGCUCAGGAUUACCAGUCUUACCAAAGAGAGAAGGCAGUUUGCCCAGUGCUUCUGAAUGCCCGAGUUUACCCAGCGAUUCAGGAACAAGUUCAGUAGGUGAUCGCUCGAGUAGAAAGAAGCACCACAGAGGUGGAUCCAAACAACCAGCACGUAACUGGACAGAGUUACUGCCACCUCCCCCUGAACAACCACCAACUGACAUAGAUUCACCCACAGGAUCAGCCUGCCCAGCCCCACCUUGUUCUCAUGCCAACGCUAAUCCACAUAUGGAUGGCCACUGCUGUCCCAUCAUGCAUCAGUCCACCGAUAAAGCCCCCAUACCACCUGUCAGGCAGCAUCAUUCAAUGACUCCUGCUGUGUAUCAGCAUGACGUGCAUCAUACCUACCCAGGUGGAGUGCCAUAUGAUGGUCACUCCUCACAUCGACCACCACCUACAAACUCAUUGCCUAACAAGCUAGGCAACAAUAGGAGUGGCACCCCUGCUGACCAUAGGCAGCAGCCUCAUAGUGAAACCCAUGACAGGCCUUCAGAUCCUGAUCACACACAACGGGGGGUACCCUACCUAGCUUCAAAGCGUCUCUUUGAGGAUCCUAGGCAUGAGCAACUCGGCAAGGAGUUGUUGGAGUUCAAUGAUGAUAUGUCACAGAGUGAGAUACUCUCUGAUAAUGAUUAUGCACCCAUGUCACCUGUAGGGACGCAUCAAUCCAAACAUACAGAUAUCGAUGAGCCUGUGUAUCAGCCACAGUCUCUGUGCUUAUCAGAGAUGGAUCUGCCUGUCAGAGAUGAACUAGAGACAGAUGUAGAAACAGAAAGCAACUGCACAGAUGCAAUGUUGGGUUCGUGGUCGUCUAUGAAUGGUAGCUCCAGCAGUGGUCGUCAUAGCAGCGUGAGUGAGAGUUCGGAGGGAUCUUUCUUUACUGAUGCUGAUUUUGCUAGUGCAGUAGCAGCAGCAGCCCAGAAUUCUGGCAUGCAAGUCAUUGGAUCCACAGUCACAGAUCCUAGAGCAGGUAAGAGGCACAGUAGACGCGGUGUGGCUCCGUCUAGGGUGACUACUAAUGGUCAUGAUGCCAGUACUGUAGGACAUAAUGGACGGGAGGCUAGUACUGGACGUAACCAACCCUGUGAGCAAUCUCACAGACAUGACAAACAAGGUGGAAUGAAGAGAUUACCCGAUAAUCGACGCACAACAGCCAUGUCAUCUUCCAUGCAUCCAACGUUACCCAUCACAGCCAGGCAACACAGAGACAAACCUAUCAAAAUCAAUCCUGAUAAACUGGUCAUCAAAGAUACCAACAAUGCUGGAUUGACUGUCACUGCCAACCCCAUGGCAUUUGCUCAUGAGAAAAAAGAAACGAUGAAGGUAUGAGCCGGUGGUUGUUAGAAUGAGCUCUCUGAACUUACCUGUCAAAGAAUCCUAACUCCAGCAUGAGUGACUAGUCAACAUAUCUGCUGGUUACUCACAGUAAGUGGAGAGUACAGGUCUAAUCAGUGUCGGUAUGCGCAAGUAAAAUGAAACCAUCGUAGGGUUGGCUGGUAGGGUUGGAUAGCUUGUCUGUCUGUGUGACGGCAUAAUUAAUGAUUGUCACAGGACAUUCUUUUAGAGAUGGCAGCGAUGUUGAAUUGUCGACUUAUUUAAGUAUUCAGAGAUUGUCAAAAUCACAAGUGUAAAAGCUAUAUUUUCUAUAAAAGUGUUAUUCGAAAAGGAGCCUUUGUAUAACAUGUAAGUUAUAAAACCGCACAGUACAGCUCUGCCCUUCACUAUGUACAUUACAUUAGCAGGAUGUUAUUUAAAAGCAUCACCAAAGAUAUCUUAAGUACUAACUGGGUCCCUGGACCAAUGUUGGUGCCAUGUUGUAUUAUAUGAUGAUAAUUUAACAAUGUUAUGGAAGAGGCCACCGAGAAUUUGUGACCAAUUCCAGGAAAUGGAUUAGAAGUCUGCUGACGCUGUUUGUGCAUGACAAGCAUCACUGUGCGUUUGUAUGAAGACAUUUUGAAAGAAAUGAUCAGCAAUCACCUCAGAAAAUGCCCAUGUGUCAAGACUUAGGCCUUGAGUAUUAACAGUUUGAAAUAAGCCUUCCUUUAAAGGUGUGUAGAAUCAUUUGCUUUUUCUACUUUUGUUUUCAUUUGAAGCAACAAAAUUACUCAAAAUCUUAAGCAGGGUGCAUUACAACUAGCCUGAUCAACUUUUAGCUCGGUAGAUACUAAAUAUUUUACAGAAAACACAGAAAAUGUACAUGUAUGCCCUUUUUUUUUGUGUCUCUUAAAAAAAUCAGUUGCUAAUGCUUAAGGUGUUCAAACCACCCUCAGUGUUAAAGUUUUCUUCCAAACCAAAGCAUCUUUACUUGAGCAAGGUUACUGCCAUUCAAUCAGUAGGGACCUUCCUGGUAACUGCAAAUGAUCCUUCAUGGCUUUAAAAUGUAUGUUAAUAAAUCAACAGUAAGUGACUUGUUUGCUGAUCUGUUACUGCUGACAGCGUUGCCAUGUCUGGAUACAGUGAAGCACAUGCAGUAAGCAUGAAUAGAACACCUUUGAAUUAAGUUGCUCUGAAAGACAGAGCUCAGUUUGCUUAUUAUGUAUCCAUCCAGUAUGUGUGUAAGUGUUCCUUGCAUGUGAAUUGCUAGUGAUUUAUUUUAAUGAAAUCUGCCAAAACCCUUUCAAAAAGUGUGACUCAAGCACAUGCAGCGUACAGUGGCUGCUGUGGAAAGAAGCUGGCAAUGUUUAGGCUUCAUGCUCAAACCCAACUAUAAGCUUUGUUUAUGAACACUACACAUGUAUGAUCAAUAUCUGUAACUUGCCAAUCAAAUUCAAUCUUGCAAACUAAUCAGUUAAAUUUUGCGUUACGAGAAAACUUGCAUGAAAUAGCUUUAUAGUGGAAGCAUGUUUACAUCCAAGAUUGCUUGAGAUCUGCUUUGAUAAGGAUCAAUAUUGCUUUCGAGAUGUCCAGUUUCUUAAAAUAGCAUGACAAUAAGUGGUCAUUAUGCCUUAGAUGAAAUAUGUUUGUCGACUAUGUCUCCAAUUUGUAAGCCAUGUCAAAUAUCCCUCCAAAAUCCACCCUUGUGCAGGAAAUUAAUGUCACAUCUCCAGGUAUUUUUUCUUUCAUGUCAGCUGCAAGUGGCUGGGCUCCAACACCUCCAUGUGGAUUUUGAGGAAAUCCAGAGGGUUAAUGUUAAGAAAGUAAAUAUCUAUUAUUAUUCAAACUGAACAUCAGUCUUACUGUAAAUAAUUGACACUAAACACAACAGGAUUUACAUAUUUGAUCCAAACCCAAGUUUUUGGUUGUCACAAAUUGUUGUGGGAUUUUAAUGAAUAUUCAUUAGACAGUAGAAACACUGCACACAUUUUACUCUCUUGAGCAACUCAAAUACUUACUUGCCAUUUAUGUUAAUACAAUGACAAGAAUGCAAAUGCCUUCAAAGCAGUGAAAAUUAAUAAUAAAAAAAGCUUAAUAAAGCUGUAAUUAUAGGAAAGGGCUGUAUAUUCUGUACAUGGUGUGUCAGAUAAAGCAAUAAGAUUGGGUGGGUCUUGGGGCACAAUUUGAAGUCAUUUCAGUUUUCAGAGUUGUAUUCACUUAAUUACCUGCGUUCUUUUAGCACUUAUUUACAAAUCUAAACAACAUGACACAAGUGGUGUAGUUGAGUUCUGGCAUGUCCAUCACAAGUCCUCCAGUUUCAUGUCACAAGCUAUUUAAAUGAACUGUUCAAACAUCUCUGUUAUUUGGAAUUUCGGAACUAUGUAAUUGACUUGUGACCAGACUGUGAUGAACACAACUACAACACUGAUGACAAGUAUUACGUGCUCAUGCAAACCAUACCUUCAUAACAAAAUUAUGCCUAAUUUAUUUGGACCAAAAUACCUGGCUUUUUUAGAAGUUGUAAAUCUCAUUCUGUAAUAAAACAAGAAAAGGUGGAAUCAAGCGUGUUUGGACUAAGAUACGAACUUACAAGCUCCCAAAACAGAUGAUGUUGAAGGGAUGACAAUAUUCUGACAUUGGUUAGUUUAAAUGCUCAUUUUGAUAGCUAGUUAAGCAUCGUAAAACUUAAUACAAUUUAGUUUAAAAAACCUAAAACAACAAUCUACAAAUGUUAGGAGGAAAUAGAAGUACACAUGCAUUAAAUGUAAACCUUGACCACUGUGUUUUGGAAUGGUUGAAUUAUCAGCCUGUUGUAGUGCGAUGUCAAUGUAUAGUGGCAUAGUGCUGUACAUUAAUCAAUUACAAAAUCCAAUGUUUAGGAGAAUAAACCCAGACAUACCAGCAGUCAUAAACUGCCACGCAGUUGCUAUAACAAGUUCCAUUGUGACUAAUCUUAGGCAUCCUUUCAUCAGCCAAGUUUCAUGUGCACUUUGAACACAUAACUGUUUUGUUCUUGUAAUGAUUAUUUGAAAAUCAUGUAUCUGUUAUAUUGGUUUGAAAAUGUAUUUUUAUUUUUUCAUGAUAUAUACUGCUGUAUUUUACUGAUAGGCUUAAUAAUGUACAAUAGCAGACUCAGUUGCAGAAAAUGCUGGCCACAAUUACUUCAUGUAUAAGCUUUGUAAAAAGAAUGUUUUGUAAACAAUUUUUAAAAUGUAACUUGUAAGAAAUAAAGCAUACUAUGUACAUGUGAUUGAAA